AUGUCGCCAACAAAAACAAAAACCAGACGCAUCACUCAGGCCUGCGACUUCUGUCAUCGAAGGGGUGUCAAGUGCAGACCAAAACCUUCGGAGUCUGGAAUCACCGCGCCCGAAGGUACCUCGUGCUUGACCUGCGAAGAAUACGGCCAGGAAUGCACGCGGAAGCGCCAGCCAAAGAAGAGAGGGACGAAGCCGCGGGGUGAGAGCAAAACAAUAGCACCUCCAGAACAGGACAUUGCAAGAACAUCCCUGGACCAAUCUCUCCGCGAACCGAGCAUUCAGCUUUCAAGAUCCCCGUUACUCAAUGGUAUAGCCGGGAAGCCGCCGUCGGCUCUCGCAAAUCGGCGGACAAUCACAGAGCUGCUUGAUGUUUAUCUUGACAGCAUUCAUCCAAACUUCCCGUUAUUCUGCGAGCGCGAGCUUUGGGUAGGUUGGAGAGACGGCACCUUCCCUCGAAACGAUUCGGACUUUAUGAGCUUGACGAGCCUCUGUGCCUUGAGCGCCCAGCACGUUCGCGAUGGUGCCCUAUUUAGCGAUAACAUCAAACCCACAGAGUGGAAGAACCUGCGAGAAGCGUACGUCGCUGAAGCGGUUCGCCUCGUCCCAGUCGAUCUUGAGAACUCCGAUCUGAAUCUCGUCCGGUCGUAUACAUUCCUGGCGCUGCUCGGUGCACAAACUGGAAACCAUGCGAUGCUUCACAAGUAUCUCAGUCUUUGCCACGGUGUAUCCGCGCAGCUCAAUCUCGAUGAUGAAUCACGAUGGUCACCUACAAUUACCACGUGUGAGCAGGAAGUCCGCCGGCGGCUAUGGUGGUCAAUUUACCGGCUUGAAGUCCAUACUGCCUGCGUGCUUGGGAACUUUGUUCGCACGUCUGAAAGCCGCUGUGGAGUUGGCUACCCAAUUGGAGCUCAUCAUCCUGCUUUCAUACCUGGACGGACUGGGAAAUAUGAAGACUGGUUUAACGGCUGGAAUACGACGACUGAUCUUUACAGGGUUCUUGAGCACGCGAUUUCCGAGUUGCGAGCAAAACACCGGCAAAGCCACUCCAUACUUGGUCCCAGUGACUCAAACCCCGUGGCUAUUAUGGCUCGCCUGUCAGAGAUCCAACAGCGCCUACUUCCUCAGUUCGUCACGCCUGCCUCGCGAUCAGGCGACAACGGACGUAAUCGUUGCGGCUUCCAAGCUCCGAACAUCAUUUGCACGAUUCAUCUGGCGAGACUCUUGGCAUGCGUUUUUGACGACGAUGGUCCCGCUCUUGCAUGCGGUGUCGCAGGUGAUCUGCUCGCGAGCAUUACGGCUAUACCUCUCGAGUACAUCCGUGCUGCGGGCUCCCCUCUAAUCCAACAGUUGGCGGGUGUAGCACACAUUUUGGUCGGACUCGCCAAGAAGCGUCCUCUAACAGGGCUUCAACUUUCGCAAAUCGAAGACGUUGUUCAUUCAGUCAUUUGUUUACUUAGUGUUCUUGCCGGCCAGAGUCCUAUAGCCUUCACUACUCGAGAUCGUCUCACCAAGUUACUGUCCGAUUUGCAAGAGGUAGUUGCACCACCUCGACCGGAUUAUGAGGUCCUCAAUACUUCCACUACUCCGGGUGAUAUACAGACACUUUUCAACAUGAAUGUGCAUCCGGACUUUGCGAAUGAGCUUCUGACGGACUUUACGUGGCUCUACCCUCAACAUUCAUGA